AUGCCAGGCUUGGCCGGCGUUGUAGGACGUCCUCGGUAUCUCUCGCCUUCCACCAAAAGUUACGCCCGACAGCUUGGGACGGGUUGCCAAGCCACCCCUGACAUGCCCCUGGCGUUCCUGGCGUUCCUGGCGUUGAUCAUGAUUUGGCGCUCCAAGCUGCCCCUCGUCAUUUCCCCCGAAGCACGCUACUACUUGGCGUUUGCCUUUCACUCGUCCUCUAUCCGCAUGAACAUGUACACGGACACCAAUCCUUGCUCAACCACGAGUCCAACACCAUAUCAUACUACAUGUACCGUUACUGCUGAAUUAAUUCACAAGAGAGGCGGCGACCCAACAUUCUGCGGCGCAUCUUGA